AUGGGUUUAUGUGUCACUUGUGCCGUGAGUAUUAAACGCGGUCAAAACGACUCGAUUACGUGUUCUGCCUGCUCUAAAUUAUACCACCUUACUUGUGCUUCGUUGAAACAAGAUGAUAUUGACUAUUUAAAUAGUUUGAAUAAAUCAUGGUCUUGUGUUACUUGUACUAAAAAAUCUAAAAAUAUUAUUUCUGUCACUGGUAACUCUAUUCAACCUCUUACUUCACUCUCUACUACUGAACCCGACUUGAAAUUAAUCAUCAGCCAUCUCGAUAACUUACGCGCUGAGCAAGCUAAACUUAUUGAUUUGGUCAAUGCGCAAAAUGAAAAACUUAAUUCUUUCGACAAUAAAUUCCACGAAAUCUUCUCUCAAUUAUCAAGUAUCAAAAAUGAAAAUAGUGUGCUUCGUAAAGCUACGGUUUCGUUUCCGCAGUUGACUGCAGCAGUGACUGCAAGCACCCGCUGCAGCGAUCGUCGCAUGCAGCAGAACUGUUUUUGUUUUUGCAGUCAACUGCAGGCAGUCAAAUAUUUUAAACAUUCAUAUAGAUUAGUUUAG